AUGGCAAUAGAAAGCUUGAAAAAUAUUAGAUUGUUUGUAGCUAAUCCACCAGAAAAUUUGUGUAUUGAAAAUAAAGAUUCAAAAGUUAUAAACUCACUUAAAAAACGAAUUUCAAGCUUAAUUGUACAACAAAAAAAAGCAAACAA